UAUUAUGUAGUAAUGUACUCACUCGCUAUUGAACACUCAGUUCAGGUCAUUCAGGAUAUCUUGCGGUAAUAGAAUCGCCGGGUAUUGAUAAUCAUACAAUAGAUUUUAAAAUAAUAACAUCUUAAGUAUUCAGUUUAACUUAUUAGUAAAUUAAAUAAAAAUGUUUAGUAUUGCGUAAUUAUGUAUUGUUAAGUUAAAUCAACAAAAUGAUUUUGUUAAUAAAGUCAUUUGUUUUCAUACUGCUUAUAGCUAAAUCAUUAAGUACUACAUCAGAGGAUGGUGUUAAAUAUGCUAAUAAAUGUGAAGUUUGUAAAAUAUUAGCAGAAGAAUUAGAGGGUCGUUUACAAGAGACUGGUAUGACUAGUGAAUAUUUAGAGCUUGGUUACUCGAUAGAUCAGCCAAAAAAGAAAAAAGAGUACAAAAAAUCAGAACUGCGUUUAGUCGAAUCAUUAGAUGGUCUUUGUGAAAGAAUACUUAAAUAUAAUAUUCACAAAGAAAGAACUGAUAGUACACGAUUUGCUAAAGGAAUGAGUCAAACUUUUCAAACAUUACAUGGCCUUGUAAAUAAAGGUGUUAAAGUUGAGCUUGGAAUACCAUAUGAACUUUGGGACAAACCUUCAGUUGAAAUUACAAAUAUGAAAACUCAGUGUGAAGAUUUGUUGGAAACUUAUGAAUCAGAUAUAGAGCAAUGGUAUUUUAAUGAUCAAGUUGAAAGUUUAAGAAAUUAUCUAUGCAAAGAUCGUGCAUUGAUUGAUUCUGAUCAAAAAUGCUUAUAUGAGGCACCGUCUAAAGGGGAUACAAGACAGAUAAAUCAAGAAUUGUAAAAAAUUGAUAAACUUUUUGAAGUUUGUAUAUAAAGUUAAUAUUUCAUAAACAUUAUCAUUGAAAAU